UGUUAAUGAGAGCCACUAGCACAUGCUUUACUCAUACGAAUAGCGGGUAUUUUAUUCAAUAGUUCUCAUGGGGCUACACUCCAGCCUCGAAAUAUCGAUCCAGGUCUGAUUUAGAUACACCAAUGUAAGGAUGUAUUCUUCGACAAUUUAAACUCCUGAUAUGCUUACUAACCUCACAAAGCAUCACGAUUUAUCAGCCGAGAGUAUCAGUACCUGUCACGCGUGCCUUCAAUCGGACUUGUUAAAUAUUUAUGUCGACACUUGUAUUACGAUGUGGAGGCUGGGGCUUUAUCUUAGGGAGCAAUGUGUUGGGAAAACAUGCAGUGGUUUUUAGACGAGCAGUAAGACAGAAAAGAAAAGUCACUACUGUGAGAUGAAUGUAUUCAACGACAAGUCUGUGUAGAAUAUCACGCAAUGGGUUGCAUCAUAGACAAAUGUGUUAAAGAGAAACGUCUACAAAAUGAAACGUCGGCCCCCUCGGACUUAAGCCCGGGAGAGGAACCACGUCUUACUGAUGAAGAGAUUAAAGUGUUAGAGGAUUGUUGGAUGACUUUAAAGGAAGACAUUGAGAAAGUAGGCGUCAUAACAUUUAUCGGAUUGUUCGAGACACAUCCAGAAGUUCAAGACUCUUUCCUGCCAUUCCGCCAGCUCAGCAAAACAGAUUUGGAACUGAGUGCCAUCCUGAAAAGUCAUUCUCUACGGGUAAUGGGAACGGUAGAUAAAUGUAUUGCACGUGCCUCACAGCCGGACAAAUUACGGGACUUGAUGUCAUCACUCGGACAGCGCCAUAUAUCCUACAAUGCUCAAAUUGAGUUCAUUGACAUGGUUGGGCAACAAUUUGUGUACGCAAUCGAACCGCACCUGAAAGAUUCUUGGUCGGAGGAAGUGAGCGAGGCAUGGCUGAAACUAUUCCGUGUGAUGACGUAUUAUAUGAUGUUAGGAAUGAGAUCAAAGCAGACCAAGACCGCCGUCUGAGGACAGUAAUUAACACCUCAGCUGUCACCAUUACGUACUUGAUCACAUGUUUUGACAUUGUCCUCGAUAGUCAAUACAAUAUGACUCCUCUGAUUUUCUUGUGGAUGAACGUUCAUGUGUGAGAGUGAACAUUGUUGCAAUUUUUAUUUUGAAGAAUGUGGUGAUUUUCCAAUGAAACACUGAACACCUGUGAUCGGUGUUCUACAAUACAAUGAAAUUUAUGUUCAGUAACAUGACGUACGUUCUGUAAUCAUCAAUUUUUAUUCAGUUGGCAUUCUUAAAAAUAUAACAUCUAACAGUAGUAUGAUACAUUAAAUAAUUAUUUAAUACAAUAUAUAUAUAUAUAUAUAUGUAUAUAACAUGAUUUUAUCAAUUUUACAAGUAAGUUGAAAUGGCAUAUAUUGUGUUUCUGUGUAAAAAGAACUGGCCAACUCCCUGGAUAAUCCAGUAGUAUCGAAAUUAACAAUCCUCCUGAUAUCAUUUUAUAAAAUUAUAAAAUUCGAGGUCUUUUAGUUAAGUUGCAGUGUUAUCUUAAGUUAUGAAUCAGUUGCACUUUUGGCACAUUUGUUCUUGCAAAACAUGAAAGGGAAUUACAUAUAUCAGUUUGAAUAAGGAAGAAAUCAUCAAACGGAAACAGUGUUUGUAUCUAAAUUUCCGAUUAAACAACUUAAAUGUUUCUGUUUGAAAAUUUAGAAAGAUCUAUGUCAGAUACUAUGAAAAUCCUAAAAAUGCUUGCAUCUGACAAAUCUGCUUAAAAUGAUAUGCUAAAUAUAAUUAUCCAUAUGUAAUAUGUUUGUAAAAUAAGCCAUAAUUAAUCUUUUACAAUUUUCUAAGAGAGAAAUCUAGUUCAUUAUUAAAAGAUAUAUUGUCUGAUGCGAAAGUAAUUAUUGCUCUUAAAAAUGUGGAAUGCCAGAUAAGAGAGUAAAUUGUACUUUUGAGGUAGAAAUCAUAUUCAGUUUUUAAAACGAUUGAAUGACAGAUGUAAAAUAAAAUUAUAUUUGUUGACAUAGAAGUUAUAUCCACCUUUCAAAUGGAAUGUCUGGUGCGAAAUUAAAUAACAUUUUUUGAGAUAGAAAUCGUGUUCACUUUAAAAAAUGGAAUGUCAGAUGAAACAUUCAAUUUGUCUUUUCAUCAUUUAACAAAAAUGAAAAGUCAGAUAGAAAAAAUUAAACAUAAAAUCCUGAUGGUAUCAUAUUUUGUAAAGAUUGCCGUAAAUUGUAGUACAAAGUAUAAUUAUUAUUACAGCCAGAAAACAGGACAUAUUGUAAUACUAGUAAUAGUAUUACAAUGUUAUAGUACCAAUCUAAAGUCAUGUUAUUUUUGGAAGCUAUUAUUCUUUGUUUUGAUUGGUAGUUUCCGUAAUGCUGGUGGUACUAUUUCAUUCAUGAAUCAGUUUAACAUUAGCAUCAAUGUAACAAAUAUGCAAAGCAUCAAAAGAUUUAUGUCGGUUGUUUCCAUACGUUGUUUCCUGAUAAUUCAUUUAAUAACGUAUUUUGUGUCAAAUAUUUUAAUUUCAUAUAUUUAUUGAAAGUUGAAUAUGUUAUAGAUGUAAUUAUAACUAUUGUGAAUGUGAUAGUAUUUGAGCCACGAUUUGUAAUUAUGUUUGCAACACAUUUCAUUAUAUUGAUCGGUUCUAAAGAUAUGAUUAUAGAUGGUAAGAAAUGUAUACAGAAAAAAAACUUCAUGCUAUAUAGCAUGUAUAGCGCAAGCACGUUGGAAUAAACAACAAGUUUCUGGUCUCGAAGUAAUUAGGCAAGAAGUCAUUGAAUCCCCUUCAGUAAGCAAAUUACUAGAACAAAAAGCAAAACAUUAUUUUGUUUGUGACUUAUUUAAAGAAGUGAAUAAAUAACUCAAUAAAUGAACAAAUAGAUAAAUUUGCCUAACACGUCAUGAUAGCAAAGAAUACUUGACAAGACCGAAUAAAUCUUAUCCAUUUCAGCUCACAAUUACGUUGAUCCGCACGUGUGACCUUAAUUACUGAAACAAAAAGGUGUGUAAUUUUGAUGCACUGCAUAUCGACUGUUCUUAUUUUUGUAUAAGCCAGGUGUUUUGUGGGUAUUUCGUUUCCUGUAAAGCCGUAUUUCACCAUUCACUUGUAUCGAAUACGUUGUAAUUUGACAUUUUUAUGAUCUUGUAUUUAAUCGUGUCAUAAGUAUAUUCGUUCUGAUGUUGUAUAUGCAUUAGUUUCAUUGUAAGUUUCAUCUCAACGAAAUUGUGUCUGAAUGAAAUGAAGACAUAUCUCAGGUUAUGAAUUACUGAAUCUCCAGCGAAGGACUAUUCUAUAAUUAGAUAUCUUCGGUUUAUCAUAUGAAUAGAAAGUGUAUGCAUUGCACGUGUGCCUUGAUCUAAAUUGAUUUAAAACGUGUUUAGGUUAAAUUAGAUAUCUAAAGUCCACACAAUCUGUUGGAGUGAAAAUGUUUUUGAAUGUAAUUUGGUGUGAUGAAUGUAGAUGUUGGAGACAAAGUUGUCUACCCAACAAUGUAUAUUAACAUUGUAGUGAAAUGUGUAUGUUAAAGAUACGUGUUGAUAUUCGGUAUUAUCAACAUUAACGUAAGUGAUGAACAGAGCGCUAAAGAGUAUUCGUUGAAAAAAAUGCCACUCAACUUUACUCUUUUGAUAAGAAACACGUCUGGACAUUAAUUGCGGUAUUUCAGCUCAUGAAUUUAACAAUGAUACCGUAUAUUUACACCUGUUUUUCAUUCCUACAAACAGAUAUUAUUUGUAGUUAACAGAACAAACUUCCAUGCUUUAUUAGUUAUGUUAGUCUUAUUCUGAUUACUAUCCCCAAGUAGCUUAAGUGUAGCCAGGGGCAGCAACUGUUGAAGUAAUAGACCGAUUGAUAAUGAAAUAUGACCUGGAUUAAUUCUUAGAUUGUUUCAAAUCGGAUUUUUUUUUCUAAUAUUAAAUGAAUUAUUAGUAUAUCCAGGCGAUGAAUAUUGAGAAUUUUUUUUUUAUAUAACACUAAAUGUUACAGGAAGUAAGAUUAUUGAAAUAAGUUAAUUCGUGGCUAAUGCAUGCUGAAGAAAAUUAUGAGUAAGUUUUACGUCGUCACAGUGGUCUCAUUUCUUUGUGCGAUGUGUAGCUGGACGUACUUGAUGCUCGUGAGUUUUCCUGCUGGUUCCAUUGCGAUAUUCAUUGUUCUCAUUUGAGAUUACAUUACUUACAUAGCGCUUACUCCUCCCUAACAUCAUGUCUUAAUUUCCCAGCGCUUUUUCAGGAGUCUCGUGUAAUUCUUUAUUUUGUUCCUAUUUUGCCUUAGUUUUAUGGAAUUUGGGUUUCGAAUAUGAUUAUGUUGACAAGAUACAUCAUGUCUCUUCCUUUUUUGUUAAAUACUGUAUUUGUUUUCACAAAUGAAAUGCCCUACAGUUUCCAAUUAUAUUUUGUUUCUGAGAACCCAUAUCUUAACUCCUUGUAAAAACAUUACUAGAAUAAAGAAAACACAUACUUUAGUUUCUAAGGGCAGCUGAACAGGAAAAUUACACACUGAUGACAAUAUCAAAAGAAGUGUUAUUUAAAAUGACUUAAUGUUACAACAGUCGGUCCAGACAUGUUUAUGUUGAAACUUUGUAAUCUUCAUUCAAAUUACUGUGUUAUAACUCUUGUGCUCCUUAUUCAUUACAACUCUCCGAGUUAAUGAGUUUUCAUCAAUGUACAUUUCAAAGACAAAACAUGUAAAAUUUAAAUGUGGAAUAAAAACUCAGAUGAAUA